GUCGCCUUGCUGAGAAAAGCCUGAGCUCUACCGUGGAAAACAUUCAAGAUAUCCAUCGAGCGAAGCCAACCCAAGAAGAGGAGGAAGAGGAGCAUUUUUGUGCUGAUUGUGUGCUCUUCUUUGAUGUUGUUGUGUUGACCAUGAGCGCUGCUGUUACUAGUCCUCCUCCCACAGCAGGCGGCAACAAUGCAUUGUCCGACAAGGUGCAACGAGCACUGCAAGUGCGAACCGACACUCCAGCCAUGAAGGCUGCCUUGGAUGCCUUGGCUCACCUUCCUGCCAAUAUUGCGACGACCACGGGUGGAGCCAAGGCUUCCGGAGAAGAGACGGUGAUUGUGGACAGUCGAUCGGUCCGUGUGGCCAUUGAACAGGAUGCUCUGCAGCAAGCCUUAUUGUUGCAAGGAGAGCUGCAAAAGUUGGUCGACACGGUGGUCACAUUGCGCCAAGGCGUUAGUGACACGGCGGCCAUUGCCGAUCGCUUGUGCCGCGAAAUUCAAACCGAUGUGACUGUCACAUUGCAACCUACUCCGUCCGUGCUUCCACCAGUGUUGAUGGAUAGUACCACCGAAGGACAACAACAAUCAGAAGGAUCCACGGAACAUAACACUCCCACUACUCAAUUGGAAGAGUCGCAAUUGGCCCGUACUCUGCACGAUGCCUUUAUGGCACGCGAACAAGCCGAAAAACGCUUAACUGUAGUGCAGGCAUUUUUGGACAAAUUCGAUCUCAGUGAAGAAGAUGCUCGUUUGCUCGAUCAUUAUAAUUUCGAAGAUGCCGUCGAAGCUGUAGCCAUGGGGGCCGAAUCACCGGUCAAUGGCAUGGCAUUCCUAAAGGCUCUCGCACGUGUCGUACAAAUUAGGACCGCUCUCAGCGAAUCCUUUGGAGAUACAGCUUCGGCAUCGGGUGCUGGAAGUGGCGAUGGAAGUGGUGAUGGACUAGGCGCAUCAUCGGCCUUGCGCAUGAUGGAAUCAUUGGCCCAAAAGCAGGAACAAGCCUACGAACGACUUUAUCAUUGGCUACAGAACUUUUUGCAACUCUCGGCCAAUAACAAUGCCACUCAAGCGUCUGGAGGAGAAGACAGUGGCGAAGAUCGAUUGGAUGAAAUCGUCAGUCACCCCUUUUGUCAGUUGGCUCUCAAGACGUUGCAACAUGUACCAGCCUUUUACACCCACACUCUAGAGUUGAUUGCCACAGCCAGACGUACUCAAGCCACCAAACAAUUCUUGUUGGCACUCACCAGUGGUUAUGCUGGCAUGCCACCCUUGGAAAUGAAGGCACAUGAUCCAGUCGUUUACGUUGGGGACAUGUUGGCGUUUGUGUUUCGCAGUUUUUCGGUCGAGGCAGAUUUUGCCCGAAGCAUGCAGAGUUUGCAAUUGUCGCCCAUUGGCGGAGGAGACGAGGAGGAGAAUAGCAGCACUGCGGCCGAGACAACAACAAUGGAUUCGAGUGAACAUGAAAUGGGUAUUCCUCCCGCUUCCAGCAUGGAAACACCAGCAUUGAUUUCCACGCAAGAAACCUUGGCGUUGACCAUGUCGGGUGUCGCCCGGCCCCUCAAAUCGCGCAUCCUUCAGGUCAUUGCCACUUUGGCUCGCAGUGUCCGGGAUGGAGAAGGUGGUGACAAUGAUGAGCUCGAGUCUCACGAUUCAAUGAUGGAUGAACUGGAAGAAGAGGGGACGCGGGCCAGGCACAAGGUGACCCAGCUAUACGAGAUUUGUGGCCUCCUCUUGUUUUAUUCCUCGGCUAUGGAAACCACUCAACUAAAGUUAGACCCCAGAAGGAGGGCUUCUCUUUCGGGAUCCUUUCGGGAGGAUUCUACAGCAACACCAGCACCAGCAACUCAUGAACACAGUCCUCUCAUGAAGUCUGUCUUGGAGUGUUUGGGAGAAGCCACUAGUGCUUACGAAGCCACUUUCCGAGUCUACUCCGCCAUGCUAGAGCAGUUGACGGUUGCGUCUGGUGACUCCGAAGCAGCCCUUGCCAAUCAAAUCAUCGUGGCCAUUGCACAGAGCCGUGCCAAGUCUCCAGGGUUCUCUCAAGACGUUCCUUGUCCCAAGGAAUACUCAAUGAUUCUUUCAUUGGACUGGGCCUUGGAGGUGAUCUUGGAAGCCACCUUGAACUCAUGCAAGUCCCUUGAUGAUGCUCACUGCUUGCAAGAGGCCGUUCUCAAAUCACAGACCGGCGCGAUCGGAGACGCUGCCCAAGAACUUACAAGACGUAUUCAAGAAAAGGAAUCUGAGCUCAUCCAGGAACUGGUUUCGCGAGAAACUGUAAAUGUGAUGGAUUUGUGUGGCCUUGGUAGCACUGCCACAGCAUGGAAGAACUUUCAAAAGGCGUCGGCCGAAGGUGGUGCUCUUACCGAAUCAUUGGCAGCCUAUCCUGGCCUCGGACCAGAGGAAGUCCAGGAUGCCAUCAAGGAGUUUUACACCUCUCUCUAUUCGCCUCCGCUACCAUCAUUGGAAACCGGAGUGAAGGAUCCAACCGUUCGCAAGGCGGCUCGACGACAAAUUGCAGGACGGGUCUGUACCUUCUACAAGGAACUGUACGAGGCCAUCAUGGCAGCACAUUCCAGUGAGUCGGGCGGCUACGAAGAUGUUAAAUUCUUGGGCCACACACCAGAACAAGUCGUCACUCUCUUCUCAGCCUAGGUAGACGGCCAGCGGCAUUCUUCUGGACCACACCGUUGGCUCCACUCUAGUACCGACUUUAAACUGGAGCUACGAAGGAAUUAUUGUAGGUGCAAAUAGAAUCAUUCAAUCGUGUCUUCAGAAUGUGUACGCCGGUACUUGGCACCUUGUAAUUCGCCAAGUCGAGAGCGUCUUGCCGCCA